AUGAUUGUGUUGCCUGCGUCCAACUCUGAAGGGUUUUCUGCUGUUUCAGCUUACGCUGAACCCAUUCGCCGUCCCAUUGAGCCGGUCGGUCGGUAUUUCCUUGCCCACGCUCUGCGGACUCUCAGAGGCCACACUUGGUCCGAACAUGAGAAGAUCGAAGCCGAAAAGAACGUGACUAAGGUCGAAGAAAACGAAGACGAAGAUCUUGGGGACGAAGAACAAGAUGAGGAAUUACUCAACUGGGACCCUAGAGACUGGAAGGAGGCAGACUUAUACGCUGUUUUGGGGAUUUCCCACUUGAGAUGGAGAGCUACCGAAGAUCAGAUCCGUCGGGCCCACAGAAAGCAGGUUUUGAAGCACCACCCUGAUAAGAAGUCUGCUUCGGGUGGCUUGGAACAAGAUGGUUUCUUCAAAAUCAUUCAGAAAGCCUUCGAGACCAUGUUGGAUCCCACUCAAAGAAGGCAGUUUGACUCGGUUGAUGAAAAUGCUGACGUCCUUCCCCCUCCCGCUAAGUCGCAAUACGACUUUUAUGAAGCUUGGGGCCCUGUCUUUGAAGCCGAAUCGAGAUUCCUGAAGAAGGGUCCUAUGCCCCCGUUGGGAAACGCUGAUUCCACGAAGGAAGAAGUUGAUAACUUCUAUUCGGCUUGGGGCAAGUUUGAUUCUUGGAAAACCUUCGAAUUCAAGGAUGAGGAUGUUCCUGAUGACACUGCCAACCGGGACCACAAGAGAUACAUCGAAAGAAAGAACAUCUCCAACAGAAAGAAAUUGAAGCAAGAAGACAACAAGAGAAUCAUUGACCUUGUUGAACGGGCUUACUCUGAAGAUCCUCGUAUCAAGGCGUUCAAGGAAGCCAUCAAGAAGGAAAAGGAAAGAAAGAAGUGGGAGAGAGAAGCUGGUUCGAGACAAGCUGCCGAAGAAGCGGCCAAAAAGAAAGCUGAAGAAGAAGCGGCUGCUGCCGCUGCCGCUGCCAGUAAGGUUGACAAAAAGAAGGCGAAGGAAGCUGCCAAGGCCGCGAAGAAGAAGAACAAGAGAGCCAUUCGUGGUGCUACCGCCGAUAUGUCUGGUGACCGUGGCGCCAUUGACGCAGACGUCGAAGACAUUUUGGAAGCCCUCGAUGACGAAAAGUUGGUGUCCUUCGUUUCCACUUUGGGCUCUAAGACUGGUGAUUCUGCUAAAGCUGACUUCGUUGCUAUUGCCAAUGAAGUUGGUGUCGCUGGCAAGAUGAGAGUUUUCAAGUAA